GCGGAGCCAUCUCCAUGGCGCUCAGGUGAGCCGACCCCCAGCUCGCCGGAGCCAGGUCCAGGGUAGCCGCGGGCCUCAACGUGGCUCCCGAGAGACGACCCACGCUGUGGGCGGCUACCUAGGAGACCCUGAGUCCCACGCGGUGCCACGGCCCCAGGAGAACAUUCGAGGCAGCGGCGGCGUUGGAGGCCCGGGGUCCGUUCGGUAUUUGAAUAGCACAAAGGAACCGCCUUGGUCUGAUUGGUCAGCCAAGUGGCCCCGGGGCGGGAAGCGGCUGUCAUUCGGGAGACUGAGCGCACUCCUAUUGGCUAAUCUGCAGUGGGGCGGAGCGCUGCUACCCGGCUAAAUAGCUGGGACCGGGGCCGGCCGAGGCUCAUUGCUUUGGCGCCGUCUGGGGAGCGUGAGCCUGCGGGUGGCGCGCAGCGCAUGGUGGCGGCUUCUCUCGGAGCGCCGCCGACCCGCUGACCUGGGCUCGGUUCUCUGUGCCCGGUGCGCCCCGGCGACCAGCUGGAGAUACACGCAGCAGCAGCCUUAGCAGCAGCAAAGGCGGCUGCUCUGCCGCCCGCGUCUCCGCGGGAGCAUGGAGUGCGCCCUGGACGCCCAGAGCCUGAUCAGCAUCUCCCUGCGCAAGAUCCACAGCUCCCGAACCCAGCGCGGCGGCAUCAAGCUGCACAAGAACCUCCUAGUGUCCUACGUGCUCCGCAACGCGCGCCAGCUCUACCUGAGCGAGCGGUACGCCGAGCUCUACCGGCGCCAGCAGCAGCAGCAGCAGCAGCAACAGCAGCCGCCCCACCACCAGCACCAGCACCAGCACCUCGCGUACGCGGCUCCGGGAAUGCCGGCCAACGCGGCCGACUUCGGCCCGCUCCAACUUGGCGGCGGCGGGGACGCGGAGGCGCGCGAGCCGGUCGCCCGGCACCAGCUGCACCAGCUCCACCAGCUCCACCAGCUGCACCUCCAGCAGCAGCUGCACCAGCACCAGCACCCGGCGCCCAGGAGCUGCGCGGCGGCGGCGGCGGCGGUGGCCGGGGCGCCCGCGGGCUGCGCGGGGGCGCUCUCGGAGCUGCCCGGGUGCGCCGCGCUCCAGCCGCCGCACGGCGCGCCCCACCGCGGGCAGCACUUGGAGCCGCUGCAGCCCGGUCCUGCGCCGCUGCCGCCGCCCGCGCCCGCCGCGCUCUGCCCGCGGGACCCUCGCGUCCCGGCCGCCUGCUCUGCGCCCUCAGCGCCCCCGGGGGCUGCCCCACCGACCGUCGCCGCUUCCUCUCCGCCCGCCUCUCCAGCCCCUUCCUCGUCCCCUGGCUUCUACCGGGGCGCGUACCCGGCCCCCUCGGACUUCGGUGUGCACUGCAGCAGCCAGACCACCGUGCUGGACCUGGACACUCACGUGGUGACCACGGUGGAAAACGGCUACUUGCACCAGGACUGCUGCGCCUCCGCCCACUGCCCCUGCUGUGGCCAGGGCGCUCCGGGACCCGGCCUGGCGUCCGCCGCUGGUUGCAAGCGCAAAUAUUACCCUGGCCAGGAGGAAGAGGACGACGACGAGGAGGACGCGGGUGACCUGGGAGCCGAGCCCCCCGGGGGCGCCCCGUUCGCCCCCUGUAAGCGCGCCCGCUUCGAGGACUUCUGCCCGGACUCGUCCCCGGACGCGUCCAACAUCUCAAACUUGAUCUCCAUCUUUGGCUCGGGCUUCUCGGGGCUGGUGAGCCGACAGCCGGACUCCUCGGAGCAGCCGCCGCCGCUCAACGGGCAGCUGUGCGCCAAGCAGGCGCUCGCCAGCCUCGGCGCCUGGACUCGAGCCAUUGUCGCCUUCUAGGGACCCCCGAGGGCAUGGGGACCCUGGGCCCCGCGGGGCUGGGGCCAGACAAAGACUCGGCCAAGGGACGAUAGGGAGCGAGCGGGUCCUGGCCACUCGGGGCGAGCAGGGGGCGAGCAG